AUGGAUCCAACACUAAACCAGGAGUGGACAUCCUCUGAGGUAGUGGAGGCAAGGUCACUCAUUGCUACGCUCGAAAGCAACAAAAUCAUCUAUGAAGUUAAUGAUGACAAUAACAAGAAGCACAACGACAUCGUGGAUGCUCUCCACGUAUUGUUCCCUUCAAAAACCAUGCAACAGGUAACAGAUCUUUACAUGGAGGAGGAAUUUCCGAUGGAGGAGGAACUGCCGAUGGUAGAGAAUAACAUGAUGGAUGUGUUAGAGAACAAUAUUGUCAAUGAUCAACCAGUUGCAGACCCACAUCCAGGGAGAUUUUGGACCACGGAGGAACACAGGUUGUUUCUUUGUGGGCUGCAUGUCUAUGGCCGCGGUGAUUGGAAAAACAUAUCCAGGUACUUCGUCACCACAAAGACUGCAAUCCAAGUCUUCAGCCAUGCACAAAAGUACUUCAAGGGGCUAGAGAAGAGAGCAUUGUCCGGGAGGGCCGGGAGGUAG